AUGGAUCUUGUAGAAACCAGUGUAGAUAUUUGGAUGAGUUGGUUAGGAGAAAAGUCUUUGCUGCAGCCUCUGUGGGACAGCCUGAGGCUCAACUACAGAGACUAUUUGCGAUCUCCACUCUUCCCCAUUGUGCUGACUGUCUCUUCAUACUUUAUCUUCUGCCUCCCUUUCCUUCUUUGUGACAUAAUGGGGGAUAAAUGGCCAUGGGUUCAGCAGUUCAAGAUACAACCGAGCCGUCGGCCAACGGCCUCUGCAUUGCUGCACUGUGCAGGCGUCACUUUGUACAACCAUGUGUUUCUUGUGCUUCCAGCAUCAGUGGCCCAGUGGGCAUGGAGGCCACCCGCGGACCUGCCAGACCAGGCUCCAUCCCUGCUGGAGCUGAGCGCCGGCGUGAUAGCCAACCUCCUGCUCUUUGACUUCCAGUACUUCAUUUGGCACCUGUUACAUCACAGGAUCCGCUGGCUGUAUGUCACCUUCCACGCCAUCCAUCACAAUUACUCAUCUCCCUUCGCUCUUGCCACUCAGUGUCUUGGUGGCUGGGAGCUGGUCACAGUGGGCUUCUGGACCACCCUGAAUCCUGCGAUCCUGAGAUGUCACCUGCUCACUACACUGGCCUUCAUGGUGUUGCAUGUGUAUGUUUCUAUAGAAGAUCACUGCGGCUAUGAUUUCCCCUGGUCCACAUCGCGGCUGAUACCAUUUGGCAUCUAUGGAGGGCCCAGCAAACAUGACGUGCACCAUCAGAAACCCAACACAAACUUUGCACCGCACUUCAGUCACUGGGACAAAAUAUUUGGCACACAUGCUGAUUUCAGCUUCUCUUCAGCUAUGAAGUAAACUAUUACUCGCAGUGAAACCCAUGCUUUUGUGCUUGUUUUUCAAAUGACGUGCCUGUAAAACAUUUAAGUGUGAAUGCUAAAGAGAUUUUCCUUAGUACACAGAGCAAAGCUGCUGUCAGUAUUGUGCUGAGAGUAUUCUGUAUCUUUAGUGACAUUUUGCCAAUUUAAUAUUAUUAUGAAAAUAUUUGAACUAUGUGCAUGAUUUAAAUGCGUGGUUUGUGA